UGAUAAUUUCGUGUUAAUCCAAUUUCAUAAUGUUAAAUUACGGUUCACAUUACAAAACAUAGAUGAGAAUCAAUUAUGUACUUCUAAAAAUAGCAGUUCUAAAGGAAUUGAUAAAUCUCAGUUUUGUUUUCUUCGUGUUUUACUACGCCAGUGUUCGAUUUCAUGCUCAGCUACCAUGGUCGAAUGACGGACGAGUGACGACUCGAUAAUAGACACUAGUUGUAGGGAGUGUACGUUUAACAAGUAACCAAUACGAAAAUAUUACAAAAAAAUUAGCACACAUCAACCAAAGACAAAUUAUGGUAGGAUGGGUAGGUGUUAAAGGACGAAAAGUGAAAUAUUCAGUUAUUUGUGAAAAAUAAUAAUUAGUGUGACGUUUGAUGCAAUAAAAACUUGUGUGCAAUAAUUGUAGUGACAAGUGAAUUUUUCUUUGUGAUAGUGAUAACAAUUUUCAACAAUAUUCAACAAUGGAAGCUGUAGCGAAACACGAAUUUAAUGCCACGGCAGAUGAUGAACUUAGUUUCAAAAGAUCACAAGUUCUGAAAAUUUUGAACAUGGAAGAUGAUAUGAAUUGGUAUAGAGCUGAACUUGAUGGUAGAGAAGGUCUUAUUCCUAGCAACUACAUUGAAAUGAGAAAUCACAGUUGGUACUAUGGAAGGAUAACCAGAGCCGAUGCAGAGAAACUUCUAAUGAACAAACAUGAGGGAGCCUUUUUAAUUCGUAUUAGUGAAUCUAGUCCGGGAGAUUUCUCCCUAUCAGUAAAAUGUUCUGACGGAGUACAACAUUUCAAGGUACUUCGAGAUGCACAAGGUAAAUUUUUCUUAUGGGUGGUUAAAUUCAACUCUCUUAACGAACUGGUGGAAUACCAUCGUACAUCAUCGGUCUCCAGAUCGCAAGACGUAAAACUGCGCGAUAUGGUGGCAGAGGAGUGUCUGGUACAAGCUCUCUACGACUUCCAACCACAAGAGGCGGGCGAAUUGGAGUUUAGAAAGGGUGACGUCGUGACCGUAACCGAUCGUUCGGAUCAGCACUGGUGGCACGGGGAGAUAGGUCAUCGCAAGGGGCUCUUUCCAGCCACAUACGUCACGGCUUACCACUCCUAAGAAUCUUCCCGCAUUUGAAUCUUCGAUAAAAAUUAUCCAUAAUUUUCGUGACUAAAAAAAAGUUCAACAAAACAGGCAUUAUUUCAUUUUCAAUGUUACCUAUUGGCACUUCGUUCAUAUCAGCAAAAACUUGUUACAUAGCUACUCAUCAAUCGAACACGGAAUGUUGCAAUUUUUCGAAACUUUAGUUAUUUAAUGAAUCAUAGGAAGGUCCAUGUGAGAGAAACUGGAACACUCUGUGUCGCGAAAUGAUUAACAUUAACGAAUAGUAAAUUUUUAUUAUGGAGUGGUUUUAUCUCAAUUAGUGAUAGUUUGUUUCAACUUUGCUGCUGGCUGUUUCUUCCAUCUUCCGACCGAACAUUUCCUGAGUUGGAACAUUCCAAAUGUUCUCUCUAUUCACACAAACUCCGAGAUAUGUGCAUUUUUCUUGUUCAAACGAUGGACGUUUUUUUAAUUCUACGUUUCAUCAAUCGAUUGAUUUGUAUGUUACUUUGAAUAACUGAGUUUUCGAUAAAUUGAGAAAUCGUAAUUGGUGCUAUCUUCAGAAAAACUUAUUUACAUUCUUCAGAUUUAAGACCAAUGAAUUUUCUAAUAUGGUUUGAACUGUCGAAUAUCUAAGCUCGGAAUUCUAAUAAUCGAGAGUUUAUGAUGAAAAUUUAUCUGCUGAUGCAAUUUGAAAACUAAGAUACGCGUAAAAAUAACUUUGUUGAAUGUCACUUGGUGAAAUAUAAUUUUCAUUGAAGGUUUAAGUAUAUGAAAAUUGCUUUUGAAUCUCAAUGAACCUGCAAUUCUUCGCUGUGAAAUUUCAAUUAAUGAAAUCCGAAUAGAAUGCCAACUUACAAGAGUGAAUAUUAAUCCGAAUCGACGCUGAAGGGAGUACCACAAGUUCAUGCCAUUUGUAGGGAAUUACUUGGUGAUAUGAAUAUUUAUUGUAAACAGUGGAAGUUUAUCGAGAAAUACUGCGUUGCAGUGACCAAUUUUUCUCCUUUAUUCGAGGGAAAAUUUCAAUUUUAAAUCUUCUAAAUCUGUUUGUUUUGAAGCUGCUUUGUUUCAACUAAUUACCGUAACUGAUUGAUUCCCUGAAAUCCAACAAAAUAUUUUCAGUAUAGUGGUUGAAUGUAAACCGAUUUAAUAGGUAUAAAUUGGACUUGAAAGAAUGACAAUGCCUAUGCCAUAUAGAGACACUUUAUCACUGAUCACUAUAGUUCAUUCAACGGGAAUGUGUUAUAAUUUGAGUUUUUACCGUAGAAGUUUUUAUUCUCAUGAAAAUAACACAUAUCCAAGUUGACUAAUGAAAGAUGAAAUAACACAAUCGUAUUGUUUGUUUAGCUGAAAUUUUGGAAGUUCAUGAGCAACUUUCUGAACCUUAGUUUUCUCGGUAGGUUUUCCGUAAUAGUCAUUUGUGUGAGGCAUUAAUUCUUUACUAAAAUCAGUUUUUGUUUCGACAAAUUUUGCUCAUAAUUCACUCAAAUCAUCCUAACGUUUAGAUAAAAAUGAUGCAUUUGAUACUGAUUCGAUUGAAUAUUUUUAUAUCGUUCUUUAAUUGAGACAAAUGGUAAUGUUUGGAAAAUUUACGAAUUAUCUUGAUUUGCUUCUUACUGUGACAUGAUUAUUGUACAUUAUUCGUUGAAAAUUUACCCAACUGUAAAAUCUUGAUAAUUCAAUGAGAAGUUCUCCAUUUUCCAAUACACAUUGAGUCUACCGAUAGAAUGAAAUAAACGAGUUGUCUUGCGAUUUCAGAUAGAGACAUCAAUAUACGGUGGGCACUGAUAUUUAUAUUAAAUUUCUCCGAUCAUUGGAUUAUAGUAUUUUGUUAACUGAGACGAGAUGCCAUUUUUAUGUGUCUUAUUGUUAUAAGCUAGUUUAAUUUUAUUUUGAGAUACUUUAUUUAAUUUGUACAUAUUAGCAUUUUGAAGAUUUUGCCAGGAAUUUCCUAAAAACAAAUUAGCAGGACAAUUUUUAGUUUUAAGUAUAUUUUUUGGCAUUGUCUGCUUUUUAGAUUCAUAUGUAAAUACUAACUGUACUUUUCAUUAUUGGAUGAGUACAAUAUAUUUAGAAAAUAUAUAUGUUAUAUAAGA